UUUGAAAAAAAAUUAAAUGUCGCAGUUCAUCCCCGACAUCAGACUCUUCAGCAUCAAACGACAGUCUUCAAACCUAGGUCACGGGCUCACCGCUCAGUCGCUCACGGCAUCUUCAACCCGGUCAGCAAGGUCACGGUGCUUGAUUGAAUCUUCAAGCCGGUGCUCGUUAGUUGUUUGAAUCUUCAAUCCGACAAUCCUUCCGGUCUUCCACCGGACCACCAUAGGUAACUAGGGAUAUGGCUACUUCAUCAGCCGCUUCUAAUUCCAAUGCUGGUGAACAACUUGGUGUAUGUUCAAUUCAAUGCAAAACUUCUUUACAAGAAGCAAAGAGUGAGUAAUGAUAAAGAUGUCCUUCAAGCGGAUGAUUGUACUAAAGCUCAACAUUGGUUGGUUGACGGUGUUGAUGACGAGAGUGAUGUUGAUCCCGUGACCGGAGCAACAUGGGAGGUACUUGAUCAAGCGGUGGGAGCGGAUGAAAUGCUUCAACCUAGAAGGAGCACUAGGAAUAUAAGAGAAAUUGAUGAGGAAGAGUUUGUGUCGGAGGAGUCGUCCGAAGAAGAUGAUGGAUAUGACUUUGAGUCCGAUGAAGAAAGAGAUGUGCCUCUAGUGGAGGAGCAAGAUGAUAUAUUUGAGAAUGAUGACUGAUGAGUGAUGCUUCUCCUUUUGUUUUUCGCAAUUUGUGUGUGUACUAUUGGAUUUGAAUGGAUUUAUGAUUAUGAUUUAUGAUGAUCUUUUGAGCUUAAAUGAUAUAUUGAUUGUAUUUAAUGGACUUUUGAUUAUGAUUUAGUCUUAUAUUGAUUUAAUGGAUUUUUGCUUUGAUGCAGUUUAUUUUUGAUUGGAUUGCAGUUUAUUUAUGAUGAUUUUUGAGUCCAAUGA